UAAAUGCUUUCCCUGAAUAUAAUUCAACUGAAAAAGGAAAUAUUUUUCAAAAAAAUGGGUGAAGAAAUUGAAUUUCCCCAAUACUUCCUCUGCCCAAUCUCACUCCAAAUCAUGAGAGACCCCGUCACCACCGUCACCGGCAUCACCUACGACCGCGCCAGCAUCAAGCAAUGGCUCGCCACCGCCGCCGUCUGCCCCGUCACCAAGCAGCCGCUGCCGCCUACCUCCGACCUCACCCCCAAUCACAUGCUCCGCCGCCUCAUCCAAGCCUGGUGCACCGCUAACGCCGUCGAUCGCAUCCCCACCCCCAAAUCCCCUCUCCAAAGAUCAAUCGUCCUCAAACUAAUCCGCGAACUCAAUCGGAGUCCAGACGCCGAUCGAUCGACGCAGAUGAACGCUCUCACCAUAAUCGACAAGCUCGCGGCGGAGAACGACGGCGUUAAUCGCCAUAUCAUGGCGGUGGCCGGUGUGCCUAAUGCGAUGCUCUUGUUUAUCGUGAAAUACUUCAAAAUCGGCGAGAUUUUGGGGGUCGAGGAGGCGUUGAGAGUUCUCAAGCUGACGUGGACGCCGGAAGCUGAGAUCGGCUUCGUCGGGGACAAUUCCGAUGUAAUCGGAUCAAUCAUGUGGAUUUUGAAGAUCGAAAUUGAGGAUUCAGCGAAAUUAAACGCGCUAAUAGCGUUGAAGAAUCUGAUAGAAAUUGAAACCUCAACCCUAAUUGAGAAGCUCAAUCUCGAAUUCUUUGAAGAAAUUGUUAAAAUGAUGAAGGAGAAGAAAUUCGCGCAAGCGGCGAUUCAGGUUCUGAUUGAGACGUGCUCGUGGGGGCGGAACCGGGCGAUGAUCGUGGCGGCGGGGGCAGUGGCGGAGCUGAUCGAGAUGGAGCUGAGAAGCAAUCAGGAGACUAAGAGGGCGACGGAGGUGGUGUUCGGGCUGCUGGCGCAGCUGUGCUAUUGCGCGGAGGGGCGGCAGGAGCUGCUGAAGCACGCGGCGGGGAUGGCGGUGGUGGCGAAGAGGCUGCUGAGGAACUCGGCGGCGACGGACGACCGCGCGCUGUGCGUGAUGGAGUCGGUGGCUCGGUUCGCGGCGACGAAGGAGGUGGUGGCGGAGAUGCUGAGGGUGGGGGCGGUGGCAAAGCUGUGUAUGGUGAUGCAGGCGGAUUGCGCCGAUUACUUGAAGAGGAAAGCGAGGGAGAUUUUGAGGCUGCAUUCCAGUGAUUGGAGCAAUUCUCCUUGUAUACAAGUGUAUCUUCUAACUAGAAACCCUAGAUAGCAUGUUAAUUAUAUUUGAAAGUUUUUGUGCUAGAUCGUCUGACGGGUCAAGAUCCGGAUCCGACUUGUGUUUUGUAUAUCGAUGAUGUUAUACAUACCAUUGGAUAUG